AUGGGUAUUGUGUCGUUUUUACAGGUCUUGGUCGACGGUCCCGCCGGUCAAGAGAACAAAGUCGUUCCUCGCCAUGUCCUCGCUCUCUCAUACGCCACCCUCACACCUUUCACCAUCCCGAAACUCCCUCGCGCGGCUGGUACCGGACCAGUCAAGAAGCUCUGGGAGAAGGCGGAGAUCGAUUCAAAAUGGGCCAACAGCACGUCCGCCAAGAAGAGGGACCAGGCUGAUCGGAGACGAAACCUUACCGACUUCGAACGGUUCAAGGUUAUGAGACUGAAGAAACAGGCCCGCUAUGAAGUGCAAAAGGCGCAUGCUAAGAUCCGCGCUUCUGCUUCGUAA